UGACAUUUAUUUUUUCGACAUUAAAAAAAGGGUUUAAAAUUGAUAGCAGUUAAUUGAAAAUAGUGAAAAUAAAAAAGAAUUGUUUUAAUUAAAACAUGUAAAUCGAAAUGUUAUUGAAUUUGACUUCGUUUUCAAUGAGUGACGCCGCAGCCAUGUUUGUUUUAGUUUUCGGGGGGAUGAAAAGUGAACGCUAGUGUGUGUCGUUUUAAAUAAAAAAGUUUUGAUGGUUUAUUAGAGUGAAAUUGUUUUUGAAUGGCUGACAAUAGUACCAAUAAACUUUCAGUGAUGGGAAUUUAAUAGAAGAGAGAUGUGGUUAAGAAGUGAACAUGUGAGUCGAAGGCUGAGGGGACGUUUAGGGACAAAUAGUGUCCAAGGAUCAAAAGUUUCUGUAAGACGAGUUCAAACUGGUGCUGUGAGAAAAGUACCAGCUAUCAAUAAUAGUAGUCAACGUGUUAAUACUUCAAGUCGUUGCGGUAGAUUAUCACGUUGGAGGCGACGUUCACCAAAUUUUCUCAAAGAGACUUGUAAGGAAAACGUUUUACAUUUUGCUAAAGCAGCGCCAAUAAGACGCGAGCGAGGACCUCGUCGUCGAAAAUGUAUCAAAAGAUCAAUGGUAACGUCAACGCCAUUACAUCGUUCUGCACCUAAAGAUGUAACAAUUCCUUCAAAGUCAACAAAAGUAUCGAAACCAGAUGAGACAAAGGAAAAUUGGAGUAUCUCUACGUUAUCAGUUUAUCAAGCUCCGUUAACUAUUACAGAAUCAGUGAAUCCCGCUUCUUCUCAGGAUAAUAAAAUUUCUUCCAAUGGUCUAUCAUUGACUGAAAUAAUGCCAUCAUCAACCGAAGGACCACAUAACGAUCUUUCGUACCUCUUGGACGAAGAGGGAAAUAGAACCAGCGAUAUUCUUUCGCUACAUUAUUCAGCGUGUACAACAAAUGAAACUUCCGAGGAAUAUUACAGUGUAAUGCAUUCGUCUUCAAUGUACAAUAAUCGUUCAUCAUUUCCAACUGAAAGAUAUUUUCCAAAUUCAAAGUUUUCCUUUAUCAAUAAUAAUGAGAAUAAUAGUGAAAAGAACAUUGAUAAUGAUGAGUCUUCUAAAUAUGAGUCUACCAUGUAUUCGAGCUCAAAAUAUAGCAAUAGUAUUUAUUCAAUUAAUUCAAAUGAUGAAAAUUGUGAUGAAAAAUACAAUAAUGCCGAAGAAAUUGAAGGUGAAUAUAAUGAUGUGAAAUACAUUGAGGUUGGUGGUGAAGAAAUUGUUGAAAGUUGCGAUGUUGAUACAAUGGUGACACAUGUACAAGAUGAUUGGGAACCAUUUGAUCCUUAUGUAUUUAUUAAACAUUUACCACCAUUAACACCGGCAAUGCGCGCAAGAUGUCCAGCUCUUCCUCUUAAAACACGAAGUAGUCCAGAAUUUAGUUUAGUUUUGGAUUUGGAUGAAACACUUGUUCAUUGUAGUUUACAAGAACUUUCCGAUGCGGCAUUUCGUUUUCCAGUUGUAUUUCAAGAUGUCACGUAUACCGUUUUCGUGAGAACUCGGCCAUUUUUUCGUGAAUUUUUAGAACACGUAUCAUCAUUAUACGAAGUGAUUUUAUUCACAGCCAGUAAACGUGUUUAUGCAAAUAAAUUGAUGAAUCUUCUCGAUCCAACAAGAAAAUUAAUUAAAUAUCGUCUAUUUCGAGAGCAUUGCGUUUGCGUUAAUGGUAACUACAUAAAAGAUUUGUCUAUUCUUGGAAGAGACUUAUCAAAAACUGUGAUCAUCGAUAAUAGUCCACAAGCAUUUGGCUAUCAAUUGGAAAAUGGAAUACCAAUUGAAAGUUGGUUUGCAGAUCGUUCUGAUAAUGAACUAAUUAAACUUUUACCAUUUCUCGAAAAUCUCGUUCACUGGGGUGGAGACGUUAGACCGCACAUUCGAGAUCAAUUUCGUCUUUUCAGUUUUCUACCACCGGAUUAACUUAAGUAAAAUUAUAUCCAAAUCUCGACUGAGAGGCGAGAAGAGUAUUUAUCAAUUUAAGCGAUUGUUGGUCAUUUAAUGGUAAUGUAGGAUAAAUAUAGAUUCUCUAAUAUGACGAUUAUUCGUCAAAAAGAAAAUUUCCUUCUAAAAACCAUUUUCGAUCAAAAGAAAAAUUAAAUUUUUCUCUAAAAAAAAAAGCAAAUUGCUUUAAAAGUAUUUUUUUUUAUUUAUUUAUUUAUUUAAUAAAAUUUUUUCUCAAAAAGGGAUUUUUAGAAGGAAAUAUUUUUUAUGCUUCAAUGGCAAUAUUUAAAAAAAAAAUAAAAAAAAACGUUGAUAAUUAAUUGCGAGGUGAGCUUUCAAUGGAAAUAUUUUUUUUUAAUUUCAUGAUUCAAGUUUUCUCUUCGAGACAAACUGGUUUUUGUUUCUGAGAUAACUUGCAUUUUUCUUUUAAUUCAUUAAACAAAUGAGAAUUAUUCCUGGAGAAAUACACACCUCGCAAAAAUAGUAAAAUAUCAUUAAAAAUUAAAAAUAAAUUUACGUAACUUGACUAUAAAUUGUCAAGAAUAUGCAGAGCGUCAUGUUCUUUAAAGCUUCCGAAAUAAGCUACAUACAUAUAUAUAAAUAUAUAUAUAUACGAUAUAUGUUUAAUAUUUUAAAAGCUUUUUUUUUAUAUAUCUAAUAUUAAGUACUUUAUAGAAAGACAUUUUUUUGUGCUAUAAUCGUAGUUUUUUUUUAAAUACGAUAAAAAUUUCAAAUAAUUUUAAGAAAGUCACAAACUUUAAGUUUUACUUUAAAAAAAAACUGUUAUUUUAAUGAGAUUUUUAUUUAUAUAUAUCAAAUAUAAUUUUAAUUGAAUUAUUUGGUAAAUAUUUUAUUAAAAAAAUAUUUAAAAUCUCUCAAAUUGAAAUUUUACAAAUAUUUUAUAUUUCAUUUAAAUAUUUCUAAUGAAAUUGAAAAAAAAAUGAUUACAAAUAUAUUUAAAAAAAAAAAAAUUAUAUUCAAAAUAUUAAUACACUUUAAAUAUAAAAUUUGAGAAUAAUUCAAUUAACAUUUUUAUAUUCUUAAAAAGAGACCAAUGAUCUGUGAGGAUCAAUUAAAUUUUUAUUUACGCACAAUUUUUCCAUUGCAUUUAAAAGUGUUUUCCUUUUUUCUUUUCAUCUUGUAAGAUUUUAAAUUUUACCGUGAAUUAUAAACGUGUAAAUUUCAUUUCAGUCAAAUAAGCUUCCAUUUUAUUAAAUUUUAACAAUUUCCAUGCACAAUAAUUAACAGAGCGAAUUUUUAUUUUCAUUUUAGAAACCAUUUUCUUAUAUUACAAUUGAAUUAACUUUUUGUUUUAUUAGAAUAGUAAAAAGUGAUUCAUAAAUUAAUUUUUUUUUUAUUAUAAAUAGCAAAAUAGAAUUUUUUUUUUAAUAUCGUCACGCGCAAAUUAUAAUAAUUUUUUUUUUUUAUUAUCAAUACCGUCACGCACAAAUAUGUGCUCUAUACACAUUUUGAAGAAUUCCGUUUAUAAGAAAUAGGAAAAAUAAUCUCUGUAAUCAAAAAAAAAAAAAAAAAAAAAAAAAAAGAA